UUACCAGAGAAGACAGUCUUAAGUUUACAUUAGAUAUGAAUCUUACUUUUACUUUCUGUUAACUCAUAAGGAUUCAGUCCAUAGGUUGUCUCAAUACAAAAAAAUACCAACAAAUGGACGAAUAGGUUGUUUGGAAAGUAAUUUUCAAUAUUCAAAACUAUAGCAUUGAAUUGUGUCGACAAAAAUUAACAAUCAAUACAAAUCAUUCAAAGUUAUGGAUAAUAUUAUUAGCAAACCUUGUAAUAACAAAAUUAUUAAUAAUAAUUCAGACGUUCAUAAUAGCAGUGUUACGGAAGCCAAGGAUGACAUAUAUGAAGUUCAAGAGAUUGUUGGGAUGAAAACUGAAGAAGACGACACAACAGUAUUUAGGGUGCGAUGGAAAGGUUAUGGUCCUCAAAGUGAUACCUGGGAACCGGAGUCUAACUUACAAACUGUUUGGAAAAUGGUUGAGAAAUAUAAAAAUAAAAUGAAUAAUAAAAUGUCAUUACUCUCAACAAAUAACAAGCGAAGAGGCAGACCAUCGACCACUUGCAGUAAUACCAGUAAUAACAGCACAGAUAAUAGUCAAUCAAAGAAACACUCUUCACUACAUAUAGUCCAACAAAAACAACAACAACAACAACAACAACAAUCACUAUUAAGUAAAUCUAUUAAAAAACAUAAGACUACUCUUAAAUUAAAUAUCAAAUUAAAUAAUACAACAAAUGAAAAGACAAUUGUAAUGAAAAAGAUUCAUAAGAAACGAUUGAAAUACUGCUUUACUACUGAAAAAACGAAAAAUACUUUUUGGAAAGACUUAGAGGAAGGCAAGAUUGAUGUCUUCAAAGAAGACCUCUAUAGUCGAGUCAAAAGUAGGGCCUCUUCUCGGGGCAACUCAUCCGACAAUUCUCCAAAACAAAGUAACAGCUCUUCACCCAAUUCAUUGAAGGAGUGGGCAGACAAUGACUCUAAUGAUAUGAUCGAUGAAACUAAAAAUAUCAACAAUGAAGAAAAAGACGACACAAAUAAAGAUUGUCUGUUAAACACAAACUUAAAGGAAAAUUUAUAUAAAUCUAAUGAUUUAAUGAUUGCUAUUAAAAAAUGUGAUAAAGAGUUAGUCAAAAGUUUAAUGGAUAAUGGAUCCGAUAUUAAUUGUAAAUUCAUUAAUAAUGAUGAAUUCACGCCUUUGAUGAUGUGCUGUGAAGACAAUAAUAUAGAAAUGACUGAAUUUUUACUAAACAAUGGCGCUCUCAAAGACAUACAAAAUCUUAACGGGGAUACGGCAUUAAUAAUUGCCUGUCGUAAGGGUUUUAAAGAGAUUAUUAAGUUAUUAUUAUAUAACGGAUCCAAUUUUGCAAUAAUUAAUAAUAUAGGUAUAAAUGCCUUACGAAUUACCAGAUAUAGUGGUCAACAAUCAGUACAAAAACUUCUAUUUGAUUAUAUAUCGAGACUCGCGCUAUCACUAGAGGAACAGGUGAUGAACAUACUGUGCAAUACAGCCACUAUAGUUAACGCACUUUUUCCCAUUCAAUGCUAUUCAAUGAGUGAAUCCAAUCAAUUCAGACUUUCAUUUGAGUUUGAUUUGAACAUUGAUUGUCAACAAAAACCUGGUGUGGGUUAUAUUUUGUUUGCGGCUAACACUAGUAUUACAGAAAAUGACAUAAAAUGCCGAUUUUUCGGAACCGAUGUCAUUGAAGAAGUUGUGCUCAAUGGUAGAGUACAAAAACCAUUAACUGAGGGUUCGCAAUACGUUUUUUCAUUUUUACCACUAGUUAGGGGAACCAAUGAGUUAGUAAUGAAAACUAUUGACAAUAUUGAUAAUCAUUUGAAACUAGUUGUCUGUGCGUAUGAGAUCAAACUUAUUGAUAAUGAAUUGAUUGAUAAUAAUAAUUGUGAUUUUGAUAAACAUAAUUAAUUUUAUUGAGUUU